UCAAAGUAAACCCCAAGGAGCUUGACCCAAGGUUCUGCUUUCACCAAUUUUCCAUUGAAAGAUAAUUGCUCAUCACUAUGGUUGACUCCUGUUUUGCCAAUAAAAAUAGCUUGGAAUUUUUCAGGGUUUGCUUCCAUCUCGUUUGAGGAGAACCAGUUUAUAGCAUUUUGUGCAUCGUAUUCGAGCUCCCUUUUUAAGGUAUCGAAGUCUGGGUGUGCAGCACUUAAUGUGUUAUCAUCUGUGUAGUUGUACAGGUUACAAUUUUCAAUAGAAUGAAAGAUGUCAUUUAUGAAAAUGUUGAACAGCAGGGGACCAAUGAUGGAACCUUGAGGAACACCUUUAUGUAGAUUUUCCCAACAGCUUAGAGUAUCGCCGACUUUCACUCGCUGUUUUCUUUUACUCAAGUAGCUGUGCAUUAAGUCUAAGGCAUUUUUGUCGAGACCAUAUGCCUCUAAUUUGGCAAGUAGUAAAGUGUGUCGUAUACUGUCGAAUGCCUUCGAUAGGUCCAUUAGAACUGCGCCAACAUAUUCGUUAUUGUCUAAACUUUGUUUCCAGUCCUCUACCAUCUUUAUCAAGAGUGUCUGGCAGCUAUGUCCAUGCCUGAAUGCCGAAAGGAACUAAAGAAAUACUUCAACCAUUUGAUGUCAUUGGUUGAAGGCCUUUAUGCAAUAAUCAUUACAGACAGAGAUGGUGUUCCAGUGUUUAAAGUGAGCACAGAGAAUGCCCCAGAGCUGGCUUUACGCCCCACAUUCCUGUCCACAUUUGGAAUGGCCACAGACCAGGCCAGCAAGCUAGGACUGUCGAAAAACAAAAGCAUGAUUUCCACAUAUUCUGCCUUUCAGGUGGUACAUUUAAAUAAACUUCCUCUUAUUGUCACAAUGGUUGCUUCAAGUAAAACAAAUACUGGUAUGCUUCUAGCGCUGGAAAGAGACUUUGAUAAUGUGCUUAAAGAUAUGAGAGCAGUUGUGGAUAUUUCAUAGAGAAAGUUGAAAAAGUUUUAAUAAGAUUGCCGAAGUAAGUUUAGUAAGAGCUGUAAUUUAUAUACAUUAUGGAAUGGAAUGAAUGGCUAACAAAAUUAAAUACUUCACAUGGUGAUGAAUCUUUUUGGCAAUCUAGGGAAUAUAGAACUGUGACAUAAAAUACAUUUCUCCUCUUGCCGUACCAAAUGGCUCGCACAGGAAAUGGACACCUGUGUAACCUCACAUUCAGAUAAUUAUAUGAUUGCUUGGUGAGAAUUUGACUGGAAAAAUCGACAAACUUUCUUAAAUAUUUAUAAACUAUACUAUUCCAAGGAAUUUGUAGUACAUAUAUUAUUAGGUAUCAUUGGGUUAUACAUGUACGAACAAAUAUGUUAACACAUAGGAAUAAAUUGGUUAGUUAUGUGCA